AUGGAGCAAGAUUUUGGCCUCCUCGCGAGCUUUCCUCCGCCUGUGGAGCUCCACAUCGAAGACCAACAUCUCGAUCAUGCGGCCAAAGAAUAUAUCAGGGAGCUGAACCUGAACAAAGCUGAACUCAAGAAGGCAGUCAUUUCGAAUCAUGCGGGAGCAAUAGAGAUUGCUGAUCCCGCGACAAACACCAUCGGCUGUUGCUUCGUUGCCUCGAUUCUGAUUGAUGCUCUCCGGUCUAAGGACUCCUCGGCGAUUGAGCCAGCAGCGGUACACCAAGUACUCUUCAACUUUCUUUCGCGCUUCGAUGUUCUUCAAGUCCGUUAUGUCGGCUCGCUUUUCCGCUCAAUAUUGGAAGAGGUGUGCACCGCGAGGUUUUUUUCGCCACUUUUCACUGUUGAACUCGUGAGUGCGGCUAUCUUCCGUCUAGAUCCUAGUGGUUCCGUUUACACUUCGGCGUACCUGCCGGUGGCCAAGCUAGCUCUCGCCGAGGACUGCGUCGACGCUGUUUUACCCAUAAUCGACCGCGAUCUCACAUUCUUCCCUGGCGCGCCCACUAUGCGCCACGGCCGACCGCUCUUCGACGCCGCGCUACCACCACCAUAUUACAUCACGAAAUCUACUGGCCUGACCGACGACGUUGAACCGGCUCAUGUGCUCGAGUACUACUACGUGAGCGGACUCCUGUACAUCACGAGACGGGAUUGGACCAAGGCGCGCAAAGCCUUUGAGCGCGCCGUGACGUAUCCCGGGAAAGAUCGCGGGGUUAGCAGAAUCUCUUUGGCGGCAUACAAAAGGUGGCUCUUGGUCGGGUUGCUAGCAGAUGGCGCGGCUCCUACCCUGCCAAACUAUACCUUGAGCUGGACGAAGCAUUCAUUUCCUCGACUGUGCGCUACUUACACGAACCUCACCGAAUCCUUCCUCGCUGGCACGUCGGAAACUCUCACGAGCACGGUGUCUUCGAAUGCUGCAACCUGGGAAGAGGACGGCACGCAAUCGCUGGUUGCUGAGGUGGUCGACGCCUAUCAGCGGUGGCUUAUUGUCAAACUCCGCCAUGUAUACUCACGGCUCCCGAUUUCGCAGAUCCAGAAGGAGAUAACGCGCGCACUGACGAGCUUGAACGCAGGGGAUGUGAUAGCGUUACUGGAGUCGAUGAUUGAUUCAGGAUCGCUCAAGGCUGAGCUGCGAAGAGGAGCGGCUGGAGAGGAAGACUACCUCAUCUUCCAGGAAGACAGAGCUCUGCUUUCGGAAGCGGACUUUGCGCGCGAAAUUGCCCAAUCACACCACACAAUUACGUCACUGACAGAGGAAUACAAGCUUGUGAACGAACGCCUCAGCACGAAUCGCGAGUACGUGAGCCACAUGGCCAGGGAGACGAAGCGGGCCGAGAAGGAGAAGGAGAAUUUGAUGGGCGAUUUCGAGGAAAACCUCGAGGACGAUGAAGAUCUGAUGACGGGCGCCAUGCAGGUCGAUAACACCGAUUAA